GCCACACGCCGCCACAAGCAGCGCCACGCACGCCGCGGAAAAUAUCACGGACAACACGCACGUAAAAAUAAAAGAAAAACUCCAAACCCACAAUAAGUAGUGUUGUGACUUUAUCUAGCAUAGUGCAAAUCCCUAGUGCUACUACUUUCAAAACUAAAAAAAGAAACUAUUUAUAACCUCGUUAAAAGUGACUAAUUGUUGUGCCGUUGCUUCGGUAGUGGCCUUGUUGCACCGAUGGCUUACGAGUUUAACAAUGUUACACAGUUUAGCCUUAAUGAGUAACAAAUAGAGUAACGGUGUGCCUUAUAGCGUAAUGUUGUCUUGUUAGUGCGCGUGAUUCGAAAUAAAUAUGCGGUGUUUGAGUUGGAGCCUCCUGGUAGUACUGUUGGUAGUUCCCGAACCUGUACCGGCUUGGAAAGGCGAUAUAGUAAAGGCAUGGGCGAGGACACUGGGGGACGAAGUAUGGAAGCUCAGCGAAGCUUUGACCAAGUCUGAACAGAUAAGAAUAAAAUAUAAACAAAUGAAUGCAAGCGUUAAGAAGAAAGAUGGUAAACAAAUAUUAGAGUCAUCACUGCGCUCUGUCAGCACCAUGCUGCAACGGAAAAUUAAAGCUGUGAAGUGCAUUCACGCAACUGCACAAAGACUGGCGCAAGAAUUCAAUGAUUCGAUGACAGAAGAUCCAAAUUUCGACUUGAAAUAUUGCUCUUCGAAGUAUUCCAACUUCGAGUACGAAGACGAGAAGGCGGCCGAAGCCGCAAACAAAUACGAGGUCUCCACACCGCGGUUUGCUAAGGAUAACCCAAACUACCUGAAUAUUUCUUUGGAAAAAGAUUCCCAUUUCUAUGACAUAAGCGUCAACACCAAUAUUAGUUGUGUGCAUGUGCCUACUAAUAUUUAUUACAAAGAAAAAGACGCCCUAAAUGCAAUUCUAUGGUCAAAAGGUCUCAAUGAAAUGUUCACAAAGAAUUAUCAAUCCGACCCAUCAUUGUCAUGGCAAUACUUCGGCAGUUCUCACGGUAUACUUCGCUUCUACCCCGGGAUGCCAUGGAAUAGAAAAGAAGUGGAUACAUACGACUGUAGAGUCAAGUCUUGGUACAUCGAAGCUGCAACGUGUUCAAAGGACGUCAUUAUUCUCUUUGACGUCUCGGGGUCAAUGACUGGUUUCAAAAAUUAUGUAGCUAGGAGAACAUUAGAGUCCUUGUUAGACACUCUAUCUAAUAAUGAUUAUGUGAACGUGUAUACGGUGAAAAAUGAAACGCGUGAUGCAAUCAGAUGUUUCGAUGACCUAGUGCAAGCCACUCCGGAAAACUUGAACACUAUAAAAAACAUUUUGGAACCAACGGACAAUGGGAAAAAUCACAAAGUCCCUUUGGAAGGAAAUGCCAACUUAACACGAGCAUAUGAAAGAGCUUUUGAGCAGUUAAGAGCGAAAAGACAAUUGAGGAGAGAAGACUGUGACGUGAGCAGUACUCAAGGCUGCAAUCAGCUUGUGAUGGUCAUUACGGACUAUGUGCCAGGGAAUCUGAGCGAAGUGUUUGAGAAGAACAAUCGAGAAGUGGUGGACGGCAAGACGUACAUACCUGUGAGGGUGUUUACGUACCUUAUAGGGAAGGAAGUAACCAAUGUUCCGGAGAUUCGGGGAAUGGCUUGUCAGAAUCGAGGUUACUUCGUUCACAUUCACUCUGUGGAGGAAGUCCAGCAGCAGGUGUUGAAAUACAUCAAUGUGAUCGCGCGCCCCAUGAUCCUGGAAGGGGAGGAUCCACCUCCCACUUGGACCCACGCUAAUAUAGAUCAAACGCGGACGGCGAAAUGGGACGUGAGCAGUGACGUUGAUAAGCCGGAUGAAGACAAGCUGGUGACGUCGGUGGCCAUCCCCGCUUUCGACUUGAAGUACAAUGCUGAGAACAAUGACGCCAUGCUGCUGGGAGUGGCCGGUACCGACGUGCCGAUCGACAGCAUCGCCAAGCUGGCCCAGCCUCAUCAGCUUGGAGUCAACGGCUACUCAUUUAUAGUGAGCAACAAUGGGUACUUAUUGCUGCAUCCGCUUUUGAGGACUACGAUAAACGAUGAACUGCAAGCGAACUACAACAGCGUGGACUUUGUGGAAGUAGAGCAAGUGGAUGACGGGAAGGGUCCCCGGGAGCUGGGCGAUGAGAUCAAGCGGCUGCGAGAAAGCCUGGUGGAUGGCGACCAUGGCGAGAUGCGCGGCGUCCGGGUGCUCUUUCACUAUGACGACAUGAGGAGGAUUUUCCGCGUGAGUCACAAUUAUUUCUUCAACAAACUGGAAGGCACGCCGUUUUCCAUGGGCAUAUCGCUGCCCACGCAGUAUGGGGACACGGAGCUCAUGCUGAAGGACAACCCAUUGGAGGCGAAGCAGGGGAAAGAACUCACGGGCAUCAACGUCACUGACUACUUCCGGUUCAGCUAUAGGGUACAUCCAGAUUGGGUCUACUGCAAGUACCACUAUUUGGAAGGUCACGAGUCUGACAACGCUGAGGAAGAAAUAUGGAAAUUCCUCGUCAACUUAUCCAUGAAUAAGACUGACAUAACGAAGAAACAAUACUCUGAAGAUAUUACGAACAACGAAUUUGAUGUUAAAAAACAUUGCGAAAAAGCUACACCCCUGGAAAAGGACGAUUACUAUUGCAACGAAGACUUAGUGAAACAAUUAGUAUUUGACGCCAAACUGACCGCGCCGUACUUCAAGACCUGGUCAGCUUCCAAGGAGGAGUGGGGCUUGGCUGAGAAGUAUAAUGUGAGUGUCAGAUUCAUUGCCACUUCGAGCGGUCUCACACGAUGGCACUACAUCUUUGAAGAGGACAAGAAUGAAGUCGUUGAUGAUUUUGGGAAUAGCCAUAAAAAUUUUACCGAAAAAGUAUUCGGAGACAAGUACAUCCUGGCUAUAGAAGAAACCUGGUACAAGGCGGCAGUAUUACAGCACAUGAUCAACGAAGAAUCUUUAGUAGUGGCCACUAGACUCCCGAUUUUAGACGAGAUCAUCAAGGAGCGACCACCAGUGCAGAAUGAAGACGGUGACAUCACUAUGACGGCUAGUUACGCUAUAUUCUACAAGGAUGGAGAAUCUGAAACGCCUGCUUCGGUGGUCGGAUUUCAGUUCUCGUAUUUAAGUUUCCAGAAGAGAUUCGCUGAAAUCACUAACAUGACUACAGAACCGGAGUUCACUUGUGAAGGUAACCGGUACCAUUGCUACGUCAUAGACAGCUCAGGCUACAUAGUGUUGUCCAAGGAGAUUGAGGACGUGGGCCAGUUCUUCGGGGCACUCGACCAGAACACCAAGUUUGUGAUGCAGUCCUUUCUGGAGAAGCAGGUGUUUGAGCACGUAGAUGUUUAUAACUACCAGGCCUUAUGUCCACCGGAAGACUUGAAGAAAACUACAGGAAACGCUUGGAAUUUGAAUACGCCAUUUAGUUUAGCAGCAAAUUUCCUCCGCUGGUUGGUGAUAGAAGCAGUACUGCUUGUGUCCAACUUGUCUCAAAGUUGGGAGACUCUCGCGGCCAGCAUCGUUGUUGAUGAUGACUACGAUGAACUCAUAAUCGGGUCCACAGAGGAGCCGGUGACCACCACUCAAGUGCCUGUCAAAAAUGAAUCCAUACACGUCAAGGAAGACGAAAAUGAGAAACCUUUUUCAUGCGACCAUCGAAUUACAUUGUACAUUUUGAAUCAACGAUUAUUUGUGGAAUCAAUGGGUGCGUUUCCAAUCGUAAGCGAAGAUAAACCUGGAGAUUGUCUUCCUCGCUACUGGGCUUCGAUCGUUUCGAAGACGAAUCUGCUCUUAGUUGUGGUGGAUAGUAAGGAUACAGACUACGGAGAGAACUGUACAACAGUGCCGCCGUCAACGAAGCCCAAGGUGACAGAGGAGUCCAGAGAGAGUGGCGAGCCGUGCCAUAAGUUGGAGCUUGGGCAACUGAAACGAAGAAGACUUGAAGGAUGCUUUACUUAUCAUGAAGGGGAAAGGAACAUAACAGCAUGCGGCCUUGGCAGCAAGACCCACGCAGACCUCACCCUGCUGCUCACCACCCUAUUUCUAGCGGCUGUAGCUAGGCUCUCGUCGUGAUAGGCUUAGGGUUCACGUCCACUGUCCAAUACAUUUGUACCUUUGUUACUUUCUCAAUAAAAUUUGUUGCACCUA